CUGACCCACUUGAAUUCUGAUACAGUGAAUUAUAAGUGAAAUAAUAAUGAAAAUAUAUACAUUUUGGCUUCUCAGUGUUUUUGUCAAUAUGACAUACCCAAAAAUGAAAACAUAUUUUUUCAAUUUAGUGUAUUUUCAUUUAAAUACCGUAAAACUUAAAUUAAUAGCCCUUACGUGUGUUUCCUUAAAUCACUGAACACAACAGGUGCUUAUUUGAGCUAGGCGUCUAUUUCCUUAAUGCACACAACUUUUGCAAAUUUGCAUAGUUAAUUGUUUAAUUCCAGCAUUCACUUCCAGCAUUUUAAUACAUUUCUUCAUUUCUAGCACUAAUGUGUUAUCAUUUACACGCUGUGUCACGUUUCUUUUGUCUUAGUAUGCCUCCAUUUCAAAACUUUUUUUUUCUUUUGACACAAUAAUUAUUCUCCUCUUUGACUGUGCAUUUUUGUCUGUUCUUUCUUUCACCACUAGAGGGUAAUUGGCCUAUUUUUACGGGUCUGUACUCCCAGAAUAGUUUUUGUGCUUGCCAGUUAGCUAGAAGUUCUUAGCUGUUUGCCGCCAAUGGCUAGCAGUUUCUUACUGGCGAUAAAAUGAAUGUAUGUCAUUCUUUUUUCAGAGUGGUUACUGAAUUAUUUAAUGUAAUGAAUCAAACAUUAAACCUCAAACAAUGAAUGGUAAUUCAUUGUAACCUCUUAAACAAUUAACUUAGUCCCCCCAGCAUUUAUUUGAAGCAGGUGUUUAUUUGCUGAAGUGUGUGUAGUUGCCAGGCUAUUAAAAGGGACAAGUGGCUAUUUUAGACUGUGUUUAAUUGAAAUUUUACGGUAUCAGUUUCAAAUCUGAUUUUAUUUUAAAUUACACCAAUUUUUUUACUACUGAAGAAAGUGGUACAGUUAACCCAGUUAUUCUCUGGGUUAAUUGUAACAUUUUGACUUCCGACACUUUCGGUUGAAUUGUAAACGAUUGGUAUGUCCUAGAAACAGAGAUACAGUGUAUAAUGGUAGCUGAGAUAUCUAUGUUGUUUGUAUAAAAAUAUUAAUCUAAAUCAAAUAAUAUUUUCAUAAAUAAGCAAAAGAUUGAAAGUGUAGCAUUGUGCCCCGGUCUCCCCUAUCUGCCAUAUACCCAUGUCCCCCUCCUUGAACAACCACAGUUACAUUUACACAACAUAUUCUCUCCAGCUCCAUAGACAUGACUGGAAGCAACAGUACCAACACCAGCCACUGCCCUUACGCUGAGGAGUGGGACUGGCUUCACACCAUGCAACUGGCCUACAUCCUGGCCACCAGCGUACUGGGGAUUCUGGAUAACGUGUUUGUCCUGUUGGUGUUCUGCCUGCAUAAGAAGGCCUGCACCGUAGCAGAGAUCUACCUGAGCAACCUGGCUGCCGCUGAUCUGCUCCUGGUCUCCUGCCUCCCCCUCUGGGCUGUCAAUGUGGCCAAUGGCUUCGACUGGCCCUUCGGCCCCCUGCUGUGUCGCCUGGUCAACGUGGGAAUCAAUAUGAAUGACUACAGCAGUAUCUAUUUCUUGGCUCUGGUCAGCGUGGACCGCUAUGUGGCAUUGGUGCAUACGAUGAGUCCCUGGAGUAUGAGGAGUCCCUCCUAUGCCAAGCUGGCCUGUUUGUUAGUGUGGGGCUAUGGCCUGCUGCUGGGCACCCCUACCAUGGUCUUCAGAGUGGUGAAGUGGUUCCCGGACUUCCAGGUGACUGCCUGCUUCUUGGACUUGUUCGACGUGCUGCUCAUUGUGUUGGGGAUUACCAUCCCUGUGUCGAUGAUCUCCUACUGCACCUGUCAGCUCAUCCACGCCCUGAAGAAUAAGGCCAUGAAGAGGUUCAAGGUGGAGGGCACGGGGAUGAAGGCCACUCUGCUGGUGCUGGCUGUUCUCCUGACCUUCCUGCUUUGCUGGGUGCCCUUCCACCUGUUCAUGGCCAUGGAUGUCCUCCGGGAGCAGGCAUCAUAGACCUUUGGCAUUCUAGUUGUCAAUUUGUUGAGGUAAUCUGAAGAGAUUUCACCCCAUGCUUCCUGAAGCU